UCUCUGUCUGUCUGUCUGUCUGUCUGUCUCUUGCGCGCGCUCGAGCUUCAGCGUGUCCGCGUUCGCAAAGAAAGCUCCCCGCAUUAAACGCUCCUCUUUACUAAUUAAAUCCGGCGAGGCGUCUUGCAAUCGUCCCAGCCAUGCUGCGACAAGGAUUUCCCGGCACCAAUCUAAUCGGCCAGAUUUUGAGACAAGUCACGAAACCACUGUCGAGGGCUAUAGUGAAGCGCUUGAAGAAACGGCCGUUCCUAAGAAAGUACGUACUGACUCAACUGGGACGUUUCUAUUAUUGGUGCGAGGACAGGAUAGAUCAGUCGAAGGUUCGAGCCGUAACGAAGCGAAAGCUCGUUGAUGACGUUCGUACGAUGGAAUUGGGGACGACAUUAUUAAUCGAGGUAAAAAUCGCGAGAUCAGCGGGAACUGACACGUUAUAUGUAAUUGCGAAAAAUUAUAAUCCCGAGAAAUCCGAAUCUCGACCGGCGGGAAACACAACUUUCCGCGGAUAUUCGAGAGCACGCAGUGAGUCGAUUCGCGUCGUUUAUUCCGUGAUUGGCGCGAUGCACACAGAUACAGUCUUGUCUACAGUGUGUCUGAAAAUUCGUAAAAUCCAGGAGGAGGUCACGACUGCGAAGCUACAAAUAAAUAUCUGGAUUCAUUUCGGAUGUUGUGCAGGGCUUCAACAUUAAUGAAUAUAUUAUUAUUCCGAAAUUAAAUGACGCCGCGCAGCAGUAGAUCAAAAUGUUU